CUUGGAGAGGUUUUCCCAAAUAAUGGGAGACUAUUAAAAAAAAGAAGUGAACUGCAUGUACGUAUACUAGUUAUCCCUAUAAUAAAAGGUAGUGUAGCUAAGUACCUAUAUUAAUACUACUUUAGAGAACCGAAAGCAUAAUGUAGAUCGUUAAGGUUGGCCCCCGUAGCUCGUAAUGAGUUUUUAAAGACCUCAUGCAUGAGACGUUUACUAUUCAAAUUGAAUUUAAAUUUCAUGCUACUUGAGUCUUCUCUCUAGAUGAAACAUAGAUUUUUGCAAAUUGCGAAUUUUGUACGCUGCACAAUUUGAACAGAACAUUUAGUUAUAUUUCAUUGAAUUAGUAGGUACUCCGUGGAGUACCUACUAAUAUCGUUGUACUUAUACAUUUUUUCCCAGUUAGGUAGAAGUAGGUAGUUACUAAGUAUAAAGAUGUUUCAGGGAAAAGCGUCUCGCUGACUGUGCCUUAGACUUAUCAUUGGUCACAAUCUUGUACUAAACUGCUUGUAAAAUAACUACUAUCUGUUCUACCUUCUUCAUAAGGAAUUAUUAUCUAUAGUAGGCUUUAACUAAUUGAUCUGAUCUCCUAUAGUGGAUUCUACGUUGUACCUACCAAAACAUCAUAAAGUUUUUAAUGAAUAGCUGUACGUAUUGUAAAAUCUUUGCUGUUCCUAUAAAUUACACGCUGUCAAAGCCAAGGUCAAAGCUGACACAAUAUAAAACGUCAGUUCGGUAAAGUAUGCCCUAGAGACUUGACAGUUUCUUUCAAGUAUUUCCAUUGGCGAGAUUUGUUUGUGUGUGAGUGAUGUAAAAUCUUCAAUAACUUUCUCAAUGUAGACGUGUUAUUGUAACUGAUAAAAUAUAUUAACGUAAUAGAUAUCCAAGUCUUUAUAUUUAUAUGUACGUCAAGGUUAAUAUAAACAAAUUUAAUGAUAAUUUCGGCAUUCGUCAUUUAUUUAUAAUCAGUGCAACACAUCAUGUCGCUCAGAACUUUGUUAUUUGGGUCUGUGAAAAGGAAUGUUUUUGUGGUGAGUGCCCCUGUGGCCAGGCAUGCUAGUUCUGACAAUGUAACAAAUAACAGAGGAGGCAAGAAGAUACAGGCCAAACAUAUUGCUGCCGUUUUAUUUGGGUCUGUGCUGGUUGGCACUGCUAUUAAAGAUCAGUUUCCAGUGCAAAAACUUGACAAGAAAUCAAGCAUUAAGGAAGGAACCUUCGUAGCGGGAGACAAGAAGCCAGGGCUGCCGGUGUACAGAGUAGAGGAGGUCAGCAAACAUGAUAGCAAGAACAGCUUCUGGGUGACGUACCGUCAUGGCGUGUAUGACGUCACGAAGUUCGUGUCCUCCCACCCCGGCGGGGAGCAGAUCUACAAUGCGGCGGGGCUCAGCAUAGAGCCCUUCUGGAAUGUCUAUGGCAUGCACAAGACUAAGGAGGUGUUUGAGCUCUUAGAAACUUUUAGAAUAGGAAACCUUCACGACGACGACAUAGUAGAUCAUAGCGACGAAGAAUUAUGGGUCAAGGAACCCUUCAGAGACAAGAGGCUUAUAGUGAAAACAGCCAAGCCGUUUAAUGCUGAGAUAUCGCCUAGACACCAGGUGGACCACUUCGAUACGCCCAACGAACUGUUCUACGUCCGGCAACACAUGCCGGUGCCGGAGCUGGAUCAGACGCACAAGCUCCGCGUCGACAUCGAGGGCGCGGGCUCCCGUCAGUUCUCGCUGCGAGAGCUGGACCAGUUCCCGAGGCACUCCCUCAGGGCGGCGCUCAUGUGCGCGGGGAAUCGCCGGAGUGAGAUGAACCAGCAGGUCAAGCCAGUGAAGGGUAUCAGCUGGGCCGGCGGCGCCGUCAGCAACGCCGUGUGGUCCGGUGUGCCGCUGCGGCUCGUGCUGCAGCAUUGCGGGGUCGACCUCACCGACACCAGGGGCAAGCAUGUCAUUUUCACGGGCGCCGACAUGGACGCCACCGGAGUCAACUUCAGCACGUCGAUACCCCUGAGCCACGCGGUGGAUCCGGCGGCCAGGGUACUGCUGGCCACGCACAUGAACGGGGAGCCGCUGCCGCGCGACCACGGGAGCCCGUUGAGGGUUAUCGUGCCAGGAGCGCCUGCCGUACGCAGCGUCAAGUGGCUAGAGUCAAUAACGAUAGGCGAAGACGAGAGCCCCUCGCACUGGCACCAGAAGGACUACCGCGCGUUCAACCCCUCCAAGACCUGGGACACCGCAGACUUCAGCACCGCGCCGCCGGUAUACAGCCUGCCCGUGACGUCGGCCAUCUGUGACCCCCAGAACGGGGACACCGUCGAGGUUGUCAAAGGGCGCAUACAGCUCAGAGGUUACGCUUACUCAGGUGGUGGGGCGAAAAUUCUUAGAGUAGACAUCACCACAGACCAUGGCAAAACUUGGUUAGAAGCAACACCGGUCGCAGUCGACGACGCCCCACCCAGAGAACAUUACGCUUGGACUCUAUGGACUGCGGAUGUUCCAGUAGACAAAAGCCAAAGCGAGAUGGAAAUAUGGGUGAAAGCGACUGAUAGCAACUUCAACACUCAACCGGAGAGGUUCGAAGACAUCUGGAACAUUCGAGGCAUCCUCAGCAACGCGUAUCAUAGAAUCAAAGUGAAACUAAAACAUUAAAUUGUAACUACUUAGUAAUGUGUAGGUUCUUUUACCGCGCUGUGGGUUAUUGUUUUGGCUUGGUGCGUUUUGUUAUUAUUGAUCUGUUAGUAUUGACAACACCGGUCAAGUGCGACUUGGACUCGCACGUAGGUGGGAAGGUAAGUUUUUUUUGUUAUUUACUCUCACCUCCGUAGGGGUUGGGAUUUCCAAAAAUAUGCAGCUUGGAAAUAAUAAGAUUAUUUUCGUUGCAACUGUCUAACCAAUCAAUAGACUACUACAUUUAAAAAAUAUUAUGAAACUACUAGGCGUUUUGUAUUAUAUAUUUUUCUAUAUAGUACAUACCUCUUACUUCAUGCAUUGAUUGUAUAUGGAAUAAAAUAUUUUGGAUAUGCCCGACUUAUGAAAACAAUUAAUAUGAUGAGUUGUAAUGAUAAUUUAGGACAUUAUAGUUUUUUGUGGUGCUAUACUAUAAAUAUUAUAAAUUGUUGCGUCAUUUAUUCGAAAUGUCAGUAGAUUUAAAGCCAAAGUACACUAGCAUUUAAGGCAAUACAAUUGCAAUUUAAGCAAAUUUACAAAAGUAAGAGAGAUAAAUGCGAAUUCAUAUACUGUUAACUUAUUUAUAUAAUUACUCAUAUCAUAGAUAUUUUUGAGAUGUA